CUAGCCAAAUUUUAAAUGGCAACUAUUGAAGAGCAAUAUACUGAAGAAGAGGAAUACCAGAAGGAGUUUGAAGAGAAUGCUGAAAACCAUGAACCUUCGCUAGAGGAGUACAUUGACAUAAUCACUCAGCAUCAGAAAUAAAUGAGAGGAGGAAGGCAAAUAUGUUGAAGCCGAGAUGGCCAUGAACAGAGUCAAGGAACUUAAGGAGCAACUAAAGAACCGUGAUAAUGAAGAGCUUCAACAAAUACAUGCUGAAGAUCUUGCUGAGCUUGAGGAGACUCAUAUCCAAGAAUUCAAUGCUUUCAAUGAAGAAUGGGAUAAAAUUAUGAGCCAGUUCCAAAUCCAUGCUUCUGAACUGAUCAGGUCACUGGAAGAGAAGCAUGACCAGCAAAUUCAAGAGGAGAUGCAGAGGAUAAAUGAAAAGCUUGGUGAUAAGUAUAAGAAAUCUCCUGAGCUGCUUUCUCUUAUCUCAACACAGAAGAAUCUGGCGAAACAGAAGGAAUAUCGGGAAGCUCAUAAAAUUCAAAUCGAGGCUCAGGAACUUGAGAGAAGAGAGAGGGAGAACAUCGAGAAGCACGAGACAAGGAUAAUCCGAAGCCAGGAGAAGGAAAUGGAGUCCCUCCGUGAGAAAAUAAUCGCAGGAGAAAAUGAACAAAAGAAGGAAAGGGCACUUAAACUUGAGUGAAUGUUCCAACGUUAUCAAAAUUCAAAAGCCGAACUCCAAGGACAACAGAAGAAGGACCAGAAUAUGCUGAAGAAAGGAUUCUCUGGGUUUAACCCUAAUAUGUCUCAGGUUAGCAGAGCUAGUGGCCGUUCUCAAGCUUCUUCUAUGAAGAGUAUUCAUCGUUCUGGCCAAAAGAAGAAGCCAUCGAAUAUGUCUUCAAGGAAAGUUAUUUAA